UUUUCUCUUCCUGUGUCACCGUUGUUUGGAAAUAAAUACACACGCGACAAUGACAUUGUCAUAUAUUUGGACUAAUAUUAUACUUUAACACCUCUCGUACAUUUAAAUGUCAUUAUUUCUCCUGUGAAACGACAACACACGGGAAGUAAAGAAUGGCUUUUCCCUGUUUACGACUCUGCUCUCAGCGUUUGAUCCCUGGACUUCACGUCUGUGGUUUCGCGAGUGCCAGUAAAACGUCCAGACCGCGGGAGAAGAGCAGCAGCGGUCCUGUGUUUCAGUACGUCGGUCAGCACAGAAAGCCCAACCACAAAGUGUUUGUGUGGGGCUUUAGCUUCACCGGUGCUCUGGGCAUCCCCAGCUUUGUGGUGCCGGACAGCGGCAGGAAGACACCCAAGAAGUACCAGCUCACUCCGUACCGCCUGGAGACUGCAGAGCAGAUCUCUUCUGCUGCGUGCGGUUACGGCUUCACUCUCAUCGCCUCCUCCACCAAAGAUGUGAGCAAGUUGUGGGCGAUGGGCCUGAACAAAGAUUCUCAGCUGGGCUUCCAACGUGUGCAGCACAGCCGCUUUCACAGUUAUGACUACGUCCUGGAGCCGUCUCCCGUGGCUCUGCCUCUGGUCGAGCCUCUCCAGACCAGAGUGGCUCAGGUUUCCUGCGGCCGCGCUCACUCUCUGGUGCUCACAGAUCAGGAGGGAGUUUUCAGUAUGGGCAACAACGCGUACGGUCAGUGUGGGAGGACGAUCGUGGAAGAUGAAGUUUACAGCGGCAGUCACAUCGUUCACAGGGUGGAAGGUUUCGACAGCAGAGUCGUCCAGGUGGCGUGUGGACAGGACCACAGUCUUUUCCUCACUGAGACUGGAAAGGUGUUUGCGUGUGGAUGGGGCGCUGACGGACAGACCGGUCUGGGUCACCACAACGUCAGCUCCAGACCGGUGCAACUGGGCGGAGACCUGGCGGGCGUGGAGGUGCGGCAGAUCAACACGUACGGCGACUGCAGCCUGGCUGUGUCCAGAGACGGUCAGGUGUUCGGCUGGGGAAACUCCGAGUAUCUGCAGCUGUCCUCCGUCACUGAGGCCACACAGAUCAACUCUCCUCAACACGUUCCUCUGAAAGGCUGCGGGAAAGUGGUUGAGGCGGCGUGUGGAGGAACACAGGUGGCCGUUCUCAACGAGAAUGGAGAGGUGUUUGUUUGGGGAUAUGGAAUUCUGGGAAAAGGUCCGAAUCUGUCGGAGAGCUCUGCUCCUGAGAUGAUUCCUCCGACGCUGUUUGGACGCACAGAGUUUAACCCGUCAGUCGCCGUCACCAAGAUCAGGUGUGGCCUCAGUCACUUUGCUGCAAUAACAGAUGCAGGCGAGCUCUUUGUUUGGGGGAAGAAUGUUCGAGGUUGUUUGGGCAUCGGCAGCAGAGACGACCAGUUCUUCCCCUGGAGAGUGACUGUACCAGGUCAAGUGGUGGAUGUAGCGUGUGGCGUUGACCACAUGGUGGCGCUGGUGAAGUCCCUCCUGUGAGCUCUGGUCCCUCCCCAGCGUUUGGACAAAAGCCUGGAGGUUUGGCUGAGCCUCGCUCGCCUCUCCUGUAAGCAGCUGCUCUCUGCGGGGGACGAGCCCUCGUGUCCUUCUGUCCAGCAGGAGACCGUCCCUCGUGUCCCUCGUGUCCCGCUGUGACGUCAAACAUCAGCGAGGCGAGUCGAUCCUGUCACCGACACCGCUCAUUUCUCCCACGUGAAGGUCACACGUUCUAAAGAUUACUUCAUUAACAACUGCAGCUCCAUCACUCCGUCAGUUUAUUGACGUAUUGAUUUAGUUUUAUUUAAAAACUGAGGUGUGGAAAAAAAUGGAAAAAUCGCUCUGUGGUUACAGCGUCUUCAACACGAGGAGGAAAAACAUGGUGUUUUCACUAUUUAUCGACUAUAACGCAGAUUAAACUAUUAAAAAAAUAAACUUUUAUAUCACAAUCA